AUGGCACUGUCACUGAAAUCGCGCGCUCUCGGUGCUAUAUGGGGGACUUGUGUCGCCGAUGCCUUGGGCGGACCGGUGCAAUUCAAAGAGAAGGGUUCCUUUAAACUGAUCUCCGAUCUUGAAUAUGUUUAUCCAUUUGAUCAGCCAGCGGGCUCCUACUCCGACGACGGAGCAAUGACCCUCGCCCUAGCCCAAUCAAUAAUAGACUCGAACGGAAAAUACGACCACGAGCUAUGCAUAAAAUACUACAUACAAUGGAUGCGAAAGGGCCGAUUCAGCACGACAGAUUAUGCAUGGGACAUGGGGAUUUCGACGCGAGAGGCGAUUGGAACAUGGAAAGACUCAUCGGAAGAUAUUGCCAAGACGCAGCGCAAAGUCAACGACUUACUCGAUCGCGACGAUAAAUCAGGAAAUGGCAGUUUAAUGCGCAUUGCUCCGAUCGGGGUGGCGCUGUGGAAGGAUUCUAAAUUUGCUAGGAAAGUUGCCAGGGCUCAGAGUCAGAUUACGCAUCCUGCUAUUGCUUGUUUGGAGGCUUGUGAUGCUUUUACUGAGGUUAUUUGUCGGGCUAUGAGGGGACAGUCGAAAGAACAGCUAUGCGAAGCAUUUGCCAAUUUCAAAUUCUCAUCCGCCCUUCGAGUCCGAAUGAUUCCGUACAAGAGACUUGCGAAUUGGAAGGCGAAAGAGAGCGGGGACAUCAAAAGUAGCGGGUGGGUCGUUGACACGCUGGAGGUCGCGCUCUGGGGAUUUUUCAAGUUUAACAGCUGGGAAAAGGGAGCUCUUGCAGUUGUGAAUCUUGGCGGGGAUUCAGAUACCGCGGGGGCGAUUUAUGGAGCGUUGGCUGGAGUGUUUUAUGGUGCGGAUGCAAUUCCACGGCGGUGGGUGGAUGGGAUGCAGAAUUCGGGGCAGAUUUUUGAUAUUGGGCGAAGAUUUGCUGAUCUUGUUGUGUUAGAGGCUGUUAAGGAGUCACAGUCGUAG